CUCAUCAGUAAAAUUACCUUGAAUGUUUAUCACAUCCAUCAAUGUCUCGUCAAGUAGUAACCUAGAAAAACAGUUUAAAAGCACGAAUUUAAAGUUAAUUCCAAACAAUACAUCAUAUUAAAAUAUUUUAGCUCUCAUAGUCAAUGAAGUAGUAUGUCUCUUCCGGCAGCCAUCUUUGUUUAGAUUUGGGGAAAUGGGUAAAAUAGUGAUAUUUACAGGGUAGCCCACGGUGUAUUUCCCCGGGGGGUUUCCUGGAAAAAUUCCCAAACAUUUGUGGAGAGUAAGUGUCGACGACCUCUCGGGAUUUUUAAGGUUUGUCGGGGAAUUACAGAAACCGGAGGGGUGUUUGUUUUAGACAGGGUAGCAGACCGUUGCGUCCUAAUUACCGUUCAAUGACGCAGUUAGUUUGAGGUUUGAACACAGGUGUAACCAGGCACGAGCGCACCUGGACGAUCUACAGAUGAUACCUGGUGCUGACUCAACGGGGGUUUGAUAUUUCCACAAAAGAUACCUUUACAGGUGGGAGUCUAUUGCUGGUUUGGCCCUGACAGAAACACUCACCACACCACUGUGCAACAAAUCCCUGCAAGCAAAAAGCCAACACAUCGCUGAAGUCGUAAACACGUGUGGCUGUUGUCAGAGAAACUCUGCAGCCUCUACAAAAUAAGGUCUCCGGGCAGAAGUCUGCAGGCGGCUCACUAUGGUGCAGGAGAAGAAUGAGGGGAUAAACAAAGACAUGGUUCUUCCACCAAUCCAACAGAAUCGACCCGCUUUGUCAUGGGAAACAAAGAUCAAGAAGAAGCUGAAGACGGUGCCUCCCUGUCUGGGCAAGUUCAGACCAGUUGUUGGCCAGUGCUGCCACCAGUGCACCCCAAACAGUCUGAGCAAGAAACUUGGACAAAACUCCUCCCUUGGCUUCCACAACGUUCUCAGUGUCAGCGAGACACACACUAGGUAUCGAGGCUGGCUAGUGCGGAGGGUGUGCUGCCUGCUGUUUGUGAGUGGGUGCAAGGUUUACGCAAGUCCAGUUAGCAACAGACGGGAGAGAGUCUGUCAAAGCAACAGGGUGAAGGAGGCGCUCACAGCAGAGCAUAAAGCACCUGAGGGGGGAGAUAGCCAAGGGCAGACCAGCCUCCUCUCACCAUGCCUCCCCCUCAUUAACACCUGCAUCUCUCCUGGCCUCUUACGGUUCCUGGGCUGGUUGAUGCUGAAGAUAUUUCCUUCCAUAUUUGACCGCAUCCAAGUGAACCUCAACCAUCUGUCUGCUUUGCAAAGAGCUUCACAAGAGGGAUCUCCUCUGGUUUAUGUGUAUGCGUGUCAGAGCGCCAUGGAUUGUGCUCUUAUCCAUCUGGUGCUCUUCUGUCGCAACCUGAGAGUCCCAUACACUGCGUGUCCACUCCAGAUUAAGUGCUCCUUCCUCAGAUCAAUCCUGCAGAAAGUAGGCGUCAUCCUUCUGCCAUCCUCUGCACUGACUGAGCAGGAAGCUGAGACAGAUGCUGUGUCCUCCUCUGUUAUGACCUCUCUGCUACGUGAGCUGCUACAUGAGGGCCAGGCGAUAAGUGUUGGUGUGUCAGCGAAGUCUGGCCAAGGCGGCCAGUGGCUUGCUCGCAUCAGGCAGCUCAUCAAAGAAGGAUCUGUCCCCGAUGUCACUCUGGUCCCUGUGGGCAUUUCCUACGACAGUGUGCCCGAGACAAACUUCCAGGUUGGCCUCAGCUCGGUGUUUCGUGGGCUGUGUUCUCUUAUCUGGAGAAGACCUGGAGGAAGUGUGAGGAUCCAGCUAGCUCAGCCCUUUUCUCUCAAGGAGAUGUGCGAGUCAGGGAGGUGCACAGUUGAUGAAUGGCUCCCUCUGCAGGACCUGUUGCUGCCUGUUAUCCUCAACAACAGAACCGACAGCAAGUUUGGGCGGAGGAGGAUGCUGUGGCUCCUGCUUUCUGAACUCAGAGAACCAGUUAAUCCAGAGAGAGACCUUAGCGUCGCCAUCAUCAUCCACCUCAUCUUCUCGACCACCUCCUGCAUGGCUGUGAUGUCCACCAGUCUGGUGUCCAGUCUCUUGCUUCACAGACACCGCAAGGGUGUGAGCGUAUCUCUGCUGUGUCGUGACGUGGCCUGGCUCACGGAGGAGCUCUUGUUCAGAAACAAAGACGUCGGUUUCGGGGGGAGUUUGGCCGAGGUUGUCCACUAUUCUCUCUCUCUGCUCGCCCCUCAUCUCAUCAUUGCUGCUGUGCCGUCUAGAAAUGACCCUCUCAUUGUUCCCCGUCCUUCUCUUGCUGCCACACUUCACCUCACCGUCCAGGCUCAGAUUGUCACUCACACAUUUAUUUUGGAGGCUGUUGGCGCAUGUGCGGUGUCAGCCAUGCUGUGUGAGGUGGCUUGCAGUGGCGUCAGCAGCAGGGUGAGGAGCGGCGGCGUGGACGGAGAGGAGGUGAAAGGUGACAUGGAGUUCGAUGUGGCGCUCUGCCAGUCCGAGCUAACUGAGAGAGCCCUGCAGCUCUGCCAUCUCCUUCCUCCGGGCUUCAUGCCACCCUGUCAGUCAUCCCAAAGCUUUGCUCUGGAUGCAGUUGACAGCCUGGUGCGCUGUGGAAUCCUGAUCAUGGAAGAAAUUCCCCGGGAUGUUCCCAUCUGUGAUUUCUGGAAGAAGGGGGGCGCUCUAACCUGGACCACCUCAGACAACCCUUCUGACAGCGACUCUGAGUGUGAGGAGCAGGACAUGCGUUCCUACAAGAUAAGCCAGCCAAGUCAGUGUCCGGAGAUGCUCUUCUUCCUCUGCAGUAUGCUAGCUGGUCAUUUGAGGGCGCUGUGCUGGACCAUCAGCGGGCUGGAUCUUUUGCACACACCUCUGCCAGAAGCAGAGUAUGUGGCUCAGGUGCACGCCUAUCUGUUUGACACAGCAAAUAAGAAGAGGCAGAACUACGAGAGCUGCUCAGAGGAGGCUGCACACACUGCAGUUAGAACGCUAAUAGACCUGGGGGUCCUUUUGGAGGAGCGUCAGGAAGGGGGUGUCUUCCUCGGUAUCACUCCUUUGUUCCAGUUGUCAGAAAACAGGCAGAGACUGCACCGCUUCAUCUCCCAGUACCUCUACAAUUAAUGUGUUUAGCCGAGCAGCAUGACUGGAGGACUCGGCUUUGUUUUAUUGCAGAGUCUGACCUCAUCCUUUGUUCGCGUCACUGAGGCUUGUGUUCGCUGUUAAAAAAGUGGCAUGCUGAGCUGUAGACGCUCAUGCCUUUAGGUUAAUUGCAUUUUGAUUUUUCAGUGAUGAGACAUUGAUUUUAAGUUUAUCUUUGGAGAUAGCAUUAGCAUAAAGCCACAGGAGUCGAGGGUUAUGAAGCCACUGUAAUCAGUGCUGGGAUUCUGCCUCGUGCAGUUUGUGUUUCGACCAUGUUUAUGUUGUCAUGUAAACCAAUAAGUAUGUUUGUAAUAUGAAUGUUCAGCUUGAGAAUGCUUUUUCUUAUUUGUCUAUAUAAGAAAGUUUACAAGUUAAAGUUACAAAAAGUUUAUACUGACAUUAAAAAGCAUCUUGUCUCCUCAUUAACUGGACACAUACUUGUACCAAAUCGGCUCCUUGGACACAGAUUAAUGUGCUUCACGGUUUAUUUUAUGCUCACCCUCCAAGAUUUAAUCUGUUUCAAGCAGCUCAUGGAUCUGCUCCUGAAUGUAAAUCUCCCAGUGCUGACUCAGACCUCAGGAGAAUCUGUCCAUGCAACUCUCUGACACCGAGACCCAGAGAGAAAUCAAUGCCUGGUCGAGCUUUUUUCUGGACUUUAUUGAUGUUUUGAAGUUUAAAAGAGAGUCUGUUUGUGCAGCUAAGAUUCUAAGUGGCUGUUGCCAUUUUUGGUCCAAGUUAGACCACAAAGCAAAGCUGCAGUACAGCAGCUCUCUCUCAACGUGAAACUCUACUGCCACCCUGUGUUCAACAGUGUGUACUGUAAAUCCUAAUACUCCACACUUCCCACACAGCAUGAAAACAUACUGAAGACUUAUUUUAAGCAGGUUAACUGGAAAUGUUAGACUACUACUCAAACGUCAAUCUUUGAUUUUAAGUAUUAAUUUACAUCAUUCCCCCUAAACGCACCGCACAAAGGAACUGAGAGCUUAUUGCAACUUUUCAUGUCAGAGAUAAACAGUAAAAACUGUUUGUGUGUAUUUAACACAAAGAUUACGUCAUAAACUUGUUUCUAUGCUACAUCUGUAAGUUAUGUUGAUGGGACAAAGCUUCUGAUCCCAUCUUACUAAAAACAAUGCAGCCUAUUACAGCUGUCUUGUAAUAAAUCCAACCUACUAAAGCUUCACUGUUUAAGAGGAGAGUAAUGAAUGUGACGUUUUUCACUUAUGUUUACAUCAAUAUUUGGGUAGACUUUUAUUCCAACACCUUUUAUUUUAACACAGUUCACUCCAACCGCAUCACAAACAAUAUCCUCCAAAAUUAUUGUACUUUGAAUAAACACCUUUCAAAAAGUUUCAACACACUCCUGCAUCAUCUUCAUAUAUGUCCAAAUAUGGCUGUACAUUCGUUUUAAAGUGAAUUACUUUCAGCUUUAAAACUGAUGUUAUUUUUAAAAUAUGCAACAACCCAAUAAUCUUGCAGAAAAAAAAAAAGGUUUUCUCAAAGGGUAAAGAGAAAUCUGUCGGUGGGGGGUGAAGUGGUUUGAUUUUUCAUGAUUCAGAUUAACAUAUGCCAACAAUCUCUCUGAAUAUAAAGUAUCUGAUUGACCGAAGACAUUAAUUCUGUUUUUACAUGUGGAAAAAAUUCCAUCAUGUAAAUUUGGCUGAUGUGUCAUAGUAGGUCUUGUUAUUUGCAUGUCCAAGUGUCCUUCAGAAAGACCAUUAACCCGUCUCACCAUGCCGUGUGCAGUCUGACACACACACGGCAGGAUAUUGUAAGUCAUUAAAUGGUCAAACAGUUCACCUCAUCAUACGACAGAAGAAUUUAAAUGGAGAGAUACUUGAUGAUUUCUCUAAAGUUGUCUCUGUCGAUGUAAAAGUUUGUAACCUUUAGAGAUUUACAGAACAAUGAAGCAAACACAUUCAUCAGAUUAAUAAAGAACUUUCUCCCAGGCAGUGAAAGGGGCAAAUUCUGAUGAUGGCACAUUACCAGUUUAAUUAAAUACUUAUCAUUCCG